CUCGGUGAGAAAUUCAAAAGCUAUGGUGUGACAGUUCACCGGCCAUGCAAAGUUGCCUCCUUGAAGAUGAACGAAAAUGAAGACAAUCUCACUGAUGUCACAUUCGAAGAUGGAAAGACCAUCACUGCAAAGUAUGUCAUCGGCGCAGACGGCGCUCGUUCUGUUGUUCGUCGGAUGGCGGGUAUCGGUUUCACAGACCCUAAGACUAGUGAGAAGGGUGAUAGGAUUACCAACCUGGAUCAAAUGGUCCUUGCGGAUGUUGUCUAUGAAGGCAAACACAACAAUGGCAUGGAGUUUUCAGGCACGAUGUCGCCCGAGAGCUUCUUCCUUUGCGUACCUUUGCCCAACUCGUUCAAUGACUUACUCGCCAAGAACGGGCAGGAAGUCCAGGAUCAGAUAUACCGUAUUGGCGCAGGAGUCCCUCUGGUGGAUGGAGAGAUACCGCAUUCACCGAGCAAGGAGUAUCUACAGAACCUCGUCGAUCGAUUCGGACCCACAUUCCUCUCAUCAGACGCUUCAAUCAAUCCCAAUUCCACACCAGUACGCAUCAAGGAAGUUAUAUGGUCAACUCGGUUCCGCACGCAUUCCGCCAUCGCUGACAAGACCUUCACUCGGCUUGGUGGAGACGAGCUUCAGGGUGCUACAGUAGGAGCUGAUAACAUCACCACGAAACACGGUGGCAUCAUCCUUCUUGUUGGAGAUGCGGCGCACAUCCACUCUCCCGCCGGCGGCCAGGGGAUGAACCUCGGCAUCCGUGACGCAGUGUUCCUUGGAGAGGCUCUCGUAAAGCAUAUAAACGCGUCUGCUUCGCAGCCCUCCAGCGUCGACGCUGAUUAUAUCUUGCGUGAAUUUGCAGAGGAGAGGCAUAAACGCGCUCUAGAAGUGAUUGCAUUAACUAAGAACAUGCUUUCAUUUAUGGGGAUGCCGGAUAAGAAGAUAUCAUGGCUGUUCCCAAUCUCGGCUACCACUGCGCGGGACUGGGUGAUGUGGCUUGGCUUCAAGUUUAGCUUCAUGCAGGCAAAGAUGGCGUAGGCGAUGAGUGGACUGGGGAGAAGAUAGUGAGCAUUUUUUGUGGAUAUAAUUCAAUCGUGCUCGAACUUUUCACCCUCACCCCUCCAUUUUUUUAUACGAUUGAGGUCAUUACUCGAUUUUUUUACCUUCUCUUCUCCAUUAUUUGAUAUUGCGCGCUCGUACGCCUAGUUCACAUUACCUUCACGUGCUCUUAAUACUUAUUCUUUUUACAAGUGAAUGCGUGGUUGGAUAAGUUCUGCGGUUGGAUAAGUAGUCGUUUAUCAGUGACGAAUGCAUGCUGACAGAGCGAA